AUGAAGCUGGAUAGCACAGCAGGAGACAUGAGCGGGUGGAGGGAGGUGGACUUCGCCCUCAACUGCACCUACAUUGUGCCAGACCAGGUGUCGGACCCCAGUUUCAGCUUGCCCAAAGCCAUGACCUCCAUCCCACGAAAUCUCACUUUCGAAUACGGCACAGACAAUGAGGUGACUGGCGUGUUCAGCAAAGAAUACAUUCCUCAGGGGACUCGAUUUGGCCCCCUGCAAGGAGACAUCUACACCAAAGACAACGUACCCAAACAGGCCAACAGGAAAUACUUCUGGAGGAUUUACAGCGGGGGCCAGCUUCAAAACUUCCUGGAUGGCUAUGAUGUCCACAGGAGCAACUGGAUGCGCUACGUCAACCCAGCCCGCUCUCUGGCUGAACAGAACCUGGUGGCGUGCCAGAACGGCCGGGACAUCUACUUCUACACCAUCCGGCCGGUGGAGCCUAAACAGGAGCUGCUGGUCUGGUACAGCCAGGAGUUCGCCCAGCGGCUCUGCAGCCAACAGGACGACAUCAAACAGAAAUACAUGGGUGCUGAUGAAGACCAAAAGCCAGAAUACACCAAGCACCUACCUCAGCAGACAUGGCUUAAAGAAAGAACAAAGGACGAGGUGAAAGAAGAGAGGGAUGAAGAAGGAGAGGAGAAGAUCGACGUGGAAAUGUUGGAGAGAGACACUCCCCCUGACACGCCUGAUGACCAUAUCAUGGACUUCAGCAAAAAGGUUGAGAAGGAGGAGAGAGGCAACAGGGAUCCAGAGGAACGGGGGGUCAUUCCUUCCCCUCAGCCAGGACACCGAGAACCCAGCUUGGGUUUAAAUCAUCCAUACUUAACAGAUCACCACCCUGCGCUCCCAUCUCCACACCGAAAUCUCCCCCUUCAUCUCCAUGGCCUCUAUGGGCACAGGGAGGGGCUUGUUUCAUCUUACCCUCUUUACCCCCAGACCAGACCCCUCCAGCCCCCUUACCAGCUUCUUCCCCCCUAUAACCCACACUAUCCUCGCCUCCUCCUCCCCUCGUACUCCCCUCCCUUUCCUGGAAUGAUGCCCUCGAGAGGAUCCCUCCGAUACAGCAGCUACCUGGGCACAGAUGGACUUCCAUACCCCCCUAUCAGCUCACCUAAUCUACUUCCAGUAUCCCUCCCCUACCCGCCAUCUCCACACGGAGGUCUUAAAGAACUAACACCAAAUGUGUCACCGCCACGAGGUGCCCCAGCCACCCCAGAGCUCUCCCCUCUCCCCAAGCCCAACAGCCAUCGUCCGUCCCCGGAGCAGUCACCCUCUGGAUGUGAGGAGGCCAUGAACCUAAGCCUGACUACAACCAAAAGCAACACAGCGCCACGCAACGGUCCUGGCCACAAAUCCCUGCCCUAUCCACUGAAGAAGCAAAAUGGAAAGAUCAAGUAUGAAUGUAAUAUCUGCUCAAAGACUUUCGGACAGCUUUCAAAUCUCAAGGUCCAUCUCCGAGUGCACAGUGGUGAGAGACCGUUCCAGUGUAACUUGUGUAAGAAGAGCUUCACUCAGCUGGCCCACCUCCAGAAACAUCACCUGGUCCACACAGGGGAGAAACCACAUGAAUGUCAGGUGUGUCACAAACGCUUUAGUAGCACAAGCAACUUGAAAACACACCUGCGACUCCACUCUGGAGAAAAACCUUACCAGUGCAAGCUAUGUAGCACCAAGUUCACCCAAUACAUCCAUCUCAAACUGCACCGCCGCCUCCACAGCAACCACGACCGCCCCUACCGCUGCCAGCUCUGUGCCCAGGCUUUCUUCCACCGCUUCUCCCUCCGCAUCCACCAGCGCAGCUCCUGCCUGGGUAACUCCAACGCUCCUGUCAACAUCCAUAUGAGAGAGAUGGUGGAGCGGUUUGAUGCAAGCCAAGAGGCUGACACGCUCACAGAAACAGCAUCUUCGCCACAGGUGGAAGAAGCUGUUGAGCGUUGGUUGGCUCGUAACAUGGAAGGCGAGGGGAAGGAGGAUCAGAAAGAGGCCACCGUACUGCUGAAAGCUCUGACAGCGGCUAUCAACGCACCAGCGUUGCCCGUGGCCCAAUCUGUUGUACCUGCAUCACAUCACAGCCCUGCUCUGGCCUACCAGGAGAGGGCCAGCGUCGUUCAUCUCCACAAACGGCCAACAGUGAAGACAGAGGCACAGUGAGAAGGAAUUACAAGAGGAGAAAAUAUAAAGAUGAACAUACAGCGAACCAUCAACAAAGAAAACAGAUGUCGCCAAAUCAAAUUCCCUAUUUUGUCCAUGAGUGGCAUAACAGGGAACACAUACUUUUAUAAUCCACUGAGCGCAACACCAAAAGAAGAGCAUUCCAAAGACUGGGUAUUCAGUGAUUGCACUUCCUCCCUAAACUCAGUUUAGAAAAUAGAGGGGGGCCUUGCUAAGCUGUGAAGUAUUUAAAACUCUUUUCACUCAGGUAGAGAAGUAUUUGUUUUUUGCGCUUUAACUUAUUACUUUUUUUAAUUUGAGUCAUCUAUAUUUAUUUAGUUUUAUCAUAGUUUGUUUUUGAUGUUAGUGUUUUUUUUCUAUGUUGACAGUUCCAAGGAGAUUUGAUCUCUUAGGAAAACCACAAAUGACUUGGGAACAUGACAUGGCAUGAACCUGUGAAAAAAGUCUUCACUUGUUAUAUUGUGUACUGUUUUACUUUAUGUGACGGUGUGUUUGAGCUUCAGGAUGCAUGUGUACAAUGAGUGGAAGUAUGUAUGAAAGACAAGGCAUAGUGAUAGCACAAACCACCUUCCUGCUCCUCAACUGUUUUAUAUUUAUUUAUGAUUACAAAGGGAAAAAUCAGGUAUCUUGAAACUAUGUUAAGCAAUUGCCAAAAUUACGAUUGAAGAAUAUGAAUGUAAAGCAUAACUUUUGGAUCAUUAUUCAACUGCUUUUUACAACAGAAAGAAGGGAAGAGAUUCAGACAAAGCAUUUAUUUGUGUAAUGUCUUGGUUAUCCAGCUGCUUCUCACAGCUAAUUUAGACAUCACAGUAUCACAUUAUCACAAUUAAAUAUGUACACAUGGUCCUCUGAAAAAUGGCUUUUAUUCUUUCAAACUUAAUUCUGAGUCAUGAAGCAUAUUGUUAUGCAGCUUUUUUCCAGAUUCAAAUGUUUCAGAUAUUUCUUGCAUACAAAGCUUUACUGUAAAUGUUUGUAAACUCGAGCUUCAUCCAAAUCUUAAUUCAGACAUCAGUACCUCAUGUUCAGCACUGGAGAACAAAAACAAGCAAAACAGGAGCACAGUUUUUUAGCAUUGUUAAUAUUUUUGUCACUUAGCACUGGAAUAAAAAUGCAACUAGAUCUGUGUGCUUUUGGGGUUACCUAAAACCAGAAGGCGGGAACUUGUUUAAAUUUUACUACUGAGUCAGUAAUAUCUUUGUCAUUUUGUAGUUUCUUUUUCUUUUGUACAGUCUGUUUCUUUAUGUAGUUUAUUUUUUGAAACGUGUUUGAGAUGUUAAGAAUUUAUAUGUGAGAGACUAUUUUGACGAUACUUUUA